AUGGAAGUGGAGGCUGUCGUGGGAAGAACGGGCUCUCUCCCAUGUGACAUAGAACCUGACUCCCAUGAAGACAGGGUCUACAUGGUGCUGUGGUUUAGACAUGCGGGCGGCAAACCUCUAUACAGUUUUGACGUGAGAGGCCGUAGCUUCAACAAAGCGUUGCAUUGGAGUGAUCCGCUGGCUUUUGGAAAGCGAGCUUACUUCGUCACCAUGUCCAGACCCUCAUCUUUAACCGUAGAAGCUGUACAGUUGGAUGACGAGGGUAUAUACAGGUGCAGGGUUGAUUUCAAAAAUUCGCCCACAAGAAAUUUUCAGAUCAAACUCAAUGUUAUUGUUCCACCGCAUCAACUACUUCUAUACGACGAAGCAGGGAGAGACGUUGCGGGCGUGGUAGGCCCACUCGAAGAAGGUGGCAAUUUCACCCUUCUCUGUGAGCUGCGCGGUGGUCGGCCGCAGCCAACCCUAUCCUGGCUUAUCAACAACACACCAGUCGAUGAUCACACGAUAUUGAAGAAUGAUGGCAAAAUCAUCAUCAGCAAAAUCGUCAUAAGUGGGGCGCAAAGAAGCUGGCUGAACAGCACUGUUCGAUGUCAGGCGACGAACACUGCUUUGCUUAGUCCGCACGAACGGAGCGCUAGAGUCGAAAUGAAUUUACGACCGACAUCGGUCUCCAUAAUACAAAAGCCAGGUCAGAUGUCAGCGGAUUCCGAAGUGACGUUGGUGUGCGUCACCCACGGCAGUAGACCACCAGCGCAGGUGGCCUGGUUUAGAGAGAACAGAAAAUAUACAAGGGGCAAGCACAGCGAGUACAUAAAUGAUACUUCCACUGUCAGCAAAUUAACCAUGCUACCACAACCAGAAGACGACGGAACCACUAUACGUUGCCGCGCUGAUAAUCCUAUACUCAGGGUUGCGUUGGAAGAUUCCUUCAAGAUGAGCGUCGUAUACAAGCCGGUCGUCAGCAUGUCCCUGGGCAGUACGCUGAAUCCGAACGACAUAAAGGAAGGUGACGACGUGUACUUUGAGUGCAACAUAAAGUCGAAUCCUAAAGAGCACCGCAUCUCUUGGUACCAUAACGAUGAGCAAGUGAGUCAAAACAUGUCAUCGGGGGUAUUCAUCAGCACGAAGUCACUGGUGCUUCAGCGGGUGACACGGCAAGACGUAGGCCUCUACUCUUGUCGAGCAGCCAACCAGAUUGGAGAGUCUACUAGUCAAUCAGUAUUCUUGAGAGUGCAAUAUGCGCCAACCUGCGCCCAGGCAACCCCCGUGGUGAUCGGCGCGAGGCUGGACGAGUCUUUACGUGUGAGAUGUACGGUCAGCGCUGACCCAGCCGAUGUGGCGUUCUACUGGCAAUUCAAUAACAGCGGGGAGAGCUUUCAAGUGUCCCCUGCUAGAUAUGUAUCUACGGGUGGCACAGCCAGUGAGCUGCGCUAUCGAGCCGCAAGUGAACGAGAUUACGGAGCACUUUUGUGUCGCGCGUCAAACGCAGUGGGCACUCAGCACAAACCCUGCGUCUUCCAAAUCGUUCCUGCUGCCCGACCAUCACCUCCGCGGAAUUGUACAGCGAAUCGAGUGGCGGCGAAGGUGGACGUAAUCCUCGCAGUUAAAUGCAUCGCCGGGUAUGACGGUGGACUAAACCAGCAUUUUCUGCUAGAAGCUGUCGGCGAUACUAGCAAAGCUCUCGCAAAUACUACAGCUGGAAAGAUUGAUCUAGUAGUUUGGCUGAACAUCAGUUGGUCCGUGCUAGAGACUCUCGGUGAGGAAGAAGUGUUGACGGUCAGCGCUAGGAAUAACAAGGGCGUUUCAGACCCGGUGUUAUUGAAAGAACUAGUCUUCAAGGAUGCGGCUAAGCACACAGAAGAAACAACUCAAGUGAUUGCAAAAUUUCCGCUGGCUGCUGCGUUUGCUGCUAGUGCUGCUAUUGUGACGGCCGCCGGGGCUAUCAUUGCACUUAUUUUUAAAAAGCGUCACGAGUCAUCUAGCACCAGUAAGCGUCCUUGUCAAAGCGUCGUUCAAGUGGAUGCGCAAGGCAGGAGAUACCUCAUAGCUUAUCCGACUCCCCACACCCAGGAGAAGCAGGAGAUAAAGCCAGAUAUUCUGAACCCCAAGCACGGCGAAGCUGAGGGUCCUCGAGUGGUACUAGAAUCGAGUGACAACACGAGUUACAUUAUUCGGGAAGCGAACCCGCUUCCUCACUCGACGUGUGUCUCGCAUACAUCCCACGAUGAUAUGGUAAUACUUCUUUUAUAA